CCUCAUUUUAAGUUUUAUAAACUCCUAGUGCAAAAUUGACUGGUUUUGUGGAACGAAUAAUUUGCUGUUUACUUUAAAAGUGUGUUUACGAAGAAUACGUAGUUUCUAUUACCUUCGUUGAAGAAUUUCAUUUUGCCGGUAACUCAAGAAUCCUCCAACAAUGGCCUACAAACCACAAAAAGUUCAAAAAGUGAUGGUACAACCCAUCAACUUAAUUUUCCGUUACUUACAAAAUCGUUCAAGAGUGCAAGUUUGGUUAUACGAAAACAUUAAUUUGAGAAUUGAAGGUCACAUUGUGGGUUUUGAUGAAUACAUGAAUCUUGUACUGGAUGAUGCUGAGGAAUAUUACGUUAAAACGAAGAAUAGGAGGCAGCUGGGAAGAAUAAUGCUUAAAGGAGACAACAUAACACUGAUACAGAAUGUGAAUCCGCAAUCUGGCAAUUAGUUGUAAAUUUAUGGUGUAAUUCUAAGUUUCAUAACAUUCUUUUCAUUCAUUGGAGUUAUGUAUGUUUGUAAGAAAACAGCAAUUGGUUUUAGUAUUAAGUAAUUAAUUUAUCUACUUUUUGUAAAAGAAAAGUGGACAUUAAAACUAUUUUAAUAAUUGUGCUUUUCAUUUUUAAUUCAAAACUAAAUAAAUUAAGAGAUGUGUGAAAAGGUA